UCAGCCUCGGGCAGGCACACACACACAAAAAAAAAAAAAAAGUUGAUUGUUUCUAUUUCUCUCUCUUUUAUUAUUAUUUUUUUUCCCGGAUUGAAUCUUGCGGACAUUGGAUAAAUUCCUUCCGUUCCCUUCCGUUCCCUUCCAUUCCUUGGCCCUCCCCUUCACUUCUCGCAUCUAAUUCCUUGCGCCUUUAACCUUUCUUUUCCCUACUCUUCAGCCAUCCUUCAGAUUUCCUUUCUUUUUUUUUUUUUAAGUCUUUUUUAGUUUUACAGGAUUUUGUUUGAAUUGUGGUUUCCGGAAUCAAAUUGACUUUCUUUUCUUAACCCCCUUAAAAUCUGGUGCCAGUUCAUGGGAAAGUAUUCAGGAAUUAGGGUUUCGUUUUGAGUUUCCUUUGAGAUGAUUCCAUGGGGCGGCCUCACUUGCUGCUUGAGUGCAACCGCUCUCUAUCUUCUUGGAAAGAGCAGUGGCAGGGAUGCAGAGCUUCUCAAGACAGUUACUCGAGUCAAUCAGCUUAAGGAAUUGGCUCAAUUGCUCGACCUUGAAAGUAAAGUGCUUCCGUUAAUUGUUACAAUCUCUGGAAGAGUUGGUUCUGAGACACCAAUCAGUUGUGAACACAGCGGAUUAAGGGGUGUUAUAGUAGAGGAAACGGCUGAACAGCAUUUUCUAAAGCACAAUGAUGCCGGUUCUUGGAUACAAGAUUCUGCUUUGAUGCUUUCUAUGAGUAAAGAGGUUCCAUGGUACCUGGAUGAUGGGACUGGUCGUGCAUAUGUAGUUGGUGCUCGUGGUGCAGCAGGUUUUGCACUAACUGUUGGAAGUGAAGUGUUUGAAGAGUCAGGUCGAUCAAUUGUACGUGGAACAUUAGACUAUCUCCAAGGUCUCAAGCUGCUUGGAGUCAAGAGAAUUGAGAGGGUGCUUCCCACUGGUUCUUCCUUGACCGUUGUGGGUGAGGCUGUUAAGGAUGACAUUGGAACAAUUCGGAUUCAGAAGCCCCAUAAAGGGCCUUUUUAUGUGUCUCCCAAAUCUAUUGAUCAACUCAUUUCCAACCUUGGGAAGUGGGCAAGGUGGUACAAGUACACAUCAUUUGGACUGACCAUCUUUGGUGUCUUUCUAAUCACCAAGCAUGCAAUUCAUUAUGUUCAGGAGAGAAGGCGGCGGAGGGAAUUGCAGCGAAGGGUUCUUGCUGCUGCAGCUAAGAGAUCAGGGCCAGAUAAUGAAGAUCCAACUUGGAAAGCUGAAAAUGGAUCAGAAGCCAAGAGAGACAUGCCAGAUCUAUGUGUAAUAUGCCUUGAGCAAGAGUACAAUGCUGUUUUCAUUCAGUGUGGUCAUAUGUGCUGUUGUACAACAUGCUCUUCGCACUUAACCAACUGUCCUCUUUGCCGGAGACGUAUUGAGCAGGUCGUAAAAGUCUUCCGCCAUUGAAGUUUUGCUUAUGAGUACCAGCUGGGAAACGAGGAUAUUUAUUUUUGGUCAGAGAUGUACUAUCUUGAUGGUAUACUAUCCUAUUAACUACCAACCACGUCUUUCUGUAAAUUCAUAAUUUGCUUGAUAUCCUGUAAAUAUUUAGAUUAUUUUUUAAAUGUUAUUUUAAAUGAUAAAUGAUUUAUUGUUGUAAUUUAAUGACAGAUUUUAAUUCAGUUCGCAUAUAUGAUAAAGUAAAUGGGUUUAUAAGCAUAUAAUUAAGGUU